CGUUAUCUGUUUCAUUGCACGCAACUAUUUAUCUUUUUAUUAGUAGUCCAGGAUUUAACAGUAGUGCAGCGCUGUAUGGGUCAGAACGAGCUUUUAUUUUGAAGGCCAGCAUCACCCGACCUCCAACGGAAGUGGUUGUCUCCUAGAGGCAGAAGCUCCGUUGUCAAGGUUCUGUUUCCAUAUUUCAGUGUGCGAAAUUUUCAUUAUGGUACUCUUCCUAAGAUGGAGAGCAGACUGUGGUUCUGAUCCAUUUUAAGGGUAAAAAAAUCUCAGAACUUCAGAGCUUUGGGGAGAAGUCAGCUAUAAGAGACGGAGGAACCAACACACGUUGAACAGAUGAGCGCUCAGAUUGAAGACGUCCAGCAGCUGUCAGUGAUCAAGGACGAGAUUCCUGAUGAGGAGCAGAACUGCUGUCACACACUGAACCAGGAGGACCAGAAGUUCCCACAGAUUAAAGAGGAAAAGGAGGAGAAUGAGAUCAGUGAGUCAGCAUUAAAUCCCGUCCCUGUGAGGAGCGAAGAUGAUGAAGAGAAACCUCAGCUCCCAGAACUGCCUCACAGCCAGACUGAGGAGAACUCUGCUGGACAAAGACCCAAUCCAGAUGAAUGUUUAGAAUCAGAUGGUGAAGACAGAACUUUAGAUUCUUCUUCAGAGUCUUCAGAGACGGACGUCAGUGAUGGAAACUGGGAGGAGAGCGGUGAAACCCAGUCAGGUUUAGACUCUGUGAAGCGCAAAGUCCCUGUUGGGGAGAGAAAAACGCAGAAAGGUAAAAAGAUACACAUGUGCUCUGAGUGUGGGAAAACAUUCAGCCGCAAACCAAAUUUGUUAGAACACAACAGGAUCCACACUGGAGAGAAACCUUUCAGCUGCUCCAUCUGUAACAAAGCUUUUACCUCUAAAGGAAACUUAAGAUCACAUACAAAAGUUCACACAGAGGAAAGACCCUUUAGAUGUUCUGUCUGUAACGCAGCUUUUAAAAUUAAACGAACCUUGGGAGAACACACAAAAACCCACACGGGGGAGAAGCCGUUCAGCUGCUCGCUCUGCGGCCGAAGUUAUAGUCGCAAGUCAUAUCUUACGGUUCACAUGAGAGAUCACGGAGAAGAGAAACCUUACAGCUGCUCCGUCUGUAAGGCGGCUUUCAAGAGGAAAUCCACUUUAGUGGAGCACAAAAAAACCCACACUGGGGAGAAGCCAUUCAGCUGCUCCGUCUGUGAAAAAACCUUCACACGGAGACAGUCGUUGACACUACAUGAGAACGCACAGUGAAGGAAAAGCUUUCAGCUGUCCGGUCUGUAGCGCCGCUUUUAAAAGGAAGACCAGUUUAACAGAACACAUAAGGAUCCACACAAGGAGAGAAGCUGUUCAGCGGCUCCGUCUCUAACAAAGCUUUUACUUUUAAAGGGAACUUUGUAGAACUUACAAAAGUUCUCAAAGAGGAAAGUCUUUUUAAAUAUUCUGUCUGUAUUGCAGGUUUUAAACAUAAACACGCCUUGGUAGAACACACAAAAACCCACACAGAGUAG